CGCUGUCCCUUUAAAUGAGUGACGAGGUGUCUGUGGUGAAACAGCGACUGUAGAGCACCAGACCGGGAACUGAUCGCCUUCAGAAACACAAAGAGACACCACGACCAACGCUAUGGGCAUCAAACUGUAUUACACCACCGUCACCGCAUCGAGAGAGGUCAAGUCUCAGCAGGCCGAGGUGAUACGUAUUCUGGAAAGUAAGAGCAUCAAGUAUGAGCUGAUUGACAUCUCGGUGGGCAGUGCUGUUCGGGAUGAGAUGAGGAGUAAAUCUGGCAACCCCACAGCAAUCCCACCACAGAUAUUCAACGAAGACCAGUACUGUGGGAACUACGAGAUGUUCUCUGAGGCGGUGGAGGCGGACACAGUGGAACAGUUUCUGAAGAUUGCAUGAGAGCCAAACCUGGUAGCAACCAUCAUCCUCUUCCCUUCCCUGGUCCAUGUCCACAUCCCAAAGGGAGGCCUGCCUGUCCCCCUCUGCUCCGCUGGCGGCGCCUGCCUUCGGUGUCUCAAUGCCAUGCCACAUGCCAAAAACAAUCAACAGAAAAGCACACACUCAUUUUUACCCUCAAACAGAGACCCAGUCAUUCAUUCAUUCCUUCAUGCUUUUGUUUCGAUGAUCGUGUUUAUUUUCUCUCUUGUGUCCUCUUUGGUUCCGACGCUUAAACACCACUAAAUUGUCUUAAUCUUGUUUGGAUCAGAGCUCUUUGAUGUGUAGUAAUUAGGUCACCUAAUCUGGGAAGCAGCACUAUGUUUAUUCCAGAUUGAACUAAUCCACAGUCCAAGAAAUCCGAGAAUCGUUUUGUGUCCAGUAGUUGAAUCAGAUUGCCAAUUUGUAUAGAUGGCCUUCAUAUAGUCCCGCCUUUAGUACUGAUAAAUCAUUUAGAACUGGUUAACUCUCUACGGGCUGAACGUGUUGGUACCUUAAAAACACAGGCCCUAAUUUCCAGCAUGAUGUGAACCAGCUGCACUGGAUUCUCUAUUAAACACACUGCUUUGUAUCGGAUGCUUUGGCAGAGUUGAAGCCACAGGUUUGCUCUCCGAGACAGAUUUCCAUUUAAUAUUCCCAAAUUCAGGGAUUGAAAAACGUUCCGUUGCUUUAAACUGUGCCAAUAAAUGUCUGUACGAAUGGGUUUUCCAUACAAGCCUCAUCUGGAUACAAACCUUAUUCCAAAGUCUGAAAAUCCAUUCAAAGGAUGAAUCCCACAAUGAUUUGGUCAUGUUUUAUUAAAAUAAGAAAUCAUAUUUUGCAUAAAUGAAACCUUUUUUUUUUUUUUUUUGCAUUCUGAUAUUUGUUUUAUGACAUUUAAACACAACCUUUAAUGUAGUUUUUAUAUAUUAUAUAUAUAUAUAUAUAUAUAUGCUUUACAUUUUUGCUAUAUGCAUUGCUAUAAUGAUAAUUCUGCAAAAUUGUCAUGAAGAUAAUUUCAAAAUGCAACAAAAAAGGCAUCAUUUUGCAAAAUAUAAUUAGUUAUUUCCUUCUUUGAAUUUUAGAAUCCGGACACAUUCUUGACUGGUUCAACCAUUCAUUUAAUAGCAGAGUAAUGAGAGCCAUCUGCUCAGCCGCUUAAACCAAUAUACUCUGACACAUUCCUGUUAUACUGCAGAAUUUCAUCUCAUUUUGUUCUGGUAAUGCACUAAGUGUUGUUGUUUCUGUGAUCAGCAGUGCAAACCUUCCCUGAGCUCUUAAUUAGCUCUGUACUUCAGCUGCAAACACGAAAUUCAUCUUCUAGUAGCCGAAUCACUCCAUACGGCAUAGUUCACAUGUGCAUGCUGUUCCAUCAAGUGUCAAACUGAGCUCACUGGAGGUUGUAGCAUUGACUUUCCAGCAGGUUAUCCUCUAGCAUGUUAUGUUGAUCAUAUUGGUACUUAAUUAAUACUGUAUACCUGGCACAGUCUUACAAACUUGAUGCGAGUCGUGGUCCCACAUCUACUUCAUUUAAUCUGGCAUCUGUACUGUCUGCUGCUCUCAGUUGGUCUUUUUUUGCAGUGUAUGCAACUGUUGUUCUUUGUGGUCAAAGUUGAGGAUGUGGGACCUGCACGCACAGACAGCUGGAUCAUGAAAUGAUUGUGAAUCUUUGUCUGUCGUUAUCGUUUGUAACGAUUUCUUGUGGUCUCUCUGUGCUGUACUGCUUUGCUUUUGGACCAACGCCCUUUUUGGCCAAAAUAAAAUAAUGGUAAUUAGGGAAAGAAA